GCUGGGCUGGGAAAGGCCGCGUCCGGUUCUUGCGGCCGGGUGUCUCGGGAGGUUCGGAAUCGCGGCCCGGGGCGAGCGGCAGCGCGGGCUGCGGGCGGCGGCGGGUGCAGUCCCAGCGCGCACCGCUGGGUGGUGCCCUCGGCCAAGGCGGCGCCGAGCGGCUGCGGCAGCGGAGGCGGCCGAGCCCGGCCCAGCCCAGCAGAGCCCAGCCCAGACCAGCACAGCAGAGCCCAGCUCAGCACAACAGAGCCCAGCCCAGCAGAGCACAGAGAGGACCCGCAGAGCCCUGCCCAGACUGUGAUAUCUCAGCCCGGACCGGGAGAGCCGAGCCGGGCGGAGGUGGCAGCGGCUGCACCGGCGAGCGCUGCCCCGUGUCACCCGCUGCCGGAACACCCCGGCACACACACACCGAGCCGCCGGCGGAAUCUCACCCAGCCAGGGAAGGCGCCCGUCCCCUACUUCGCCGCUUUCCGCCGCCAAUCGCCCGGGACAUCCCCCACACCGAGCCCGGCCGCCGCCGCCGCCGCCGCGCCAUGGCGAUCGCAAGGCAAGUGCUUUGUCUCUCUGCUUUCCUGGCGCUGCCGCUCGCUCGCGCCGAGCCCAUCCGCUACUCCGUAGCCGAGGAGGCGGAAAGCGGCUCCCUGGUCGGCAAGCUGGCGGAGGACGCGGGGCUGACGCCGCCGCAGCUGUCGGCUCGCCGCGCCCGCCUGCUCUCGGAGGACGGCCGGCAGCAUUUGCGCUUAGACCGCGGCUCCGGCCGCCUCCUCGUGGCGGGGAGGCUCGACCGGGAGGAGCUGUGCGCCCACUCGGCCACCUGCAUGCUCCCCUUCGAGCUGCUGCUCUCCGACCCCCUGCAGUUCUUUCGGGUCGAGGUAUCCCUGGAAGAUAUCAAUGACAAUUCACCCUUCUUCCCCGAGGAAAGUGUCACAUUUAAGAUUCUGGAAAGGAGCGACCCAGGCUCUCGUUUCCCACUAGAGGUGGCUCGGGAUCUUGAUAUUGGCAGGAACACAGUGCAGGCAUACAGCAUCUCUCCCCAGAAUGAAUAUUUCAGUGUAUCAUAUGGGACUCGGAGUAAUGGAGACAAGUUUCUUGAACUUGUUUUGGAAAAGUCUCUAGAUAGGGAGGAGCAGGAAGAGAUGGGUUUCCGUGUUAUUGCUGAAGAUGGGGGAUCUCCUCCGAGAAGUGGCACCAUCGAGAUUUCUAUUAUCAUUCUAGAUGUAAAUGACAAUGCUCCCGUAUUCACGCAAGAGCGUUACCUUGGAAAGGUCCUGGAGAACACGCCAGAAGGUUCUCUGGUUCUGACUGUCCUGGCAACAGAUCAGGAUGCAGGAGUUAAUGGGGACAUUUCCUAUCAAAUCACCCAGGCAGUAGGACAGAGAGACUCAGCAUUUGUGAUUGAUCCCAUAACUGGUGAAAUUAAACUCACAAAACCCCUAGACUUCGAGGAAGCAGACACUCACGAGCUCAGUGUGAGGGCCAGAGAUGGUGGGGGGCUCUCAGCAAUCUGCAAAGUGCAGGUGGAGGUGGUGGAUGUGAAUGACAAUGCCCCAGAGCUGACGGUCAGCUCCUUCAGCAGUCCCCUCCCCGAGAACACAGUGCCCGGCACCGUGGUUGCCCUGUUUACGGUCAGGGACCGCGAUUCUGGUGCCAACGGGAAGAUCUCGUGUGCCCUGGACGAUCAGCUCUUCUUCUCCCUGCGGCCAGCCUACAAGAAUUACUAUGAGCUGGUGACAGUGAGCGCGCUGGACCGCGAGCACACGGCUCGCUACGUGCUCAGUGUCACAGCAGCAGAUGCGGGCUCGCCUCCUCUCACAAGCACGCACACCUUCACCGUGGACAUCUCGGACGUCAAUGACAACGCGCCCGUCUUCAACCAGACGUCCUACACCAUGUACGUGCGGGAGAACAACGCGCCCACGGUGUUUGUGGGAGCCGUGAGUGCUGCAGAUGCUGACGUGGGGCUCAAUGCCAAGGUGACCUAUUCGCUGGCCCCGGUGGCGGCGGCAGAGCGGCCCUCGUGCUCCUGCAUCUCGGUGAACUCUGAGAACGGACACGUGUUUGUGCUGCGGCCCCUGGACUACGAGCGCUUGCGGCAGAGCGAGGUGACGGUCAGCGCCUCUGACGCGGGCUCUCCUCCCCUGCGAGCCAACGUCACCGUGCGCCUCGUGGUGCUGGACGAGAAUGACAAUGCACCGCUCGUGCUCUACCCGGCCCAGGACAGCAGCCCAGCGUCCAGCGAGCUCGUGCCCGUGUCGGCCGAGCCGGGCUACCUCAUCACCAAAGUGGUGGCCGUCGAUGCCGACUCCGGACAGAACUCCUGGCUCUCGUACCACCUGCUCAGGGCCACCGAGCCCGGCCUGUUCAGCGUGGGUGUGCAGAGCGGCGAGGUGCGUCUCAAGAGGCCGGUGACAGAGAGGGACAGCGUGAAGCACAAGCUCCUUGUCCUGGUCAGGGACAACGGCAAGCCCCCGCUGUCAGCCACGGCAGCUCUGAGCGCGCUCCUGCUCAAGGACUUCUCCGACGUGCGCCUCCCGCACAGCAGCCCGCCCGCAGACGAGCAGGGCGACUCCCUGACCACCUAUUUAAUCAUUUCCUUGGUCUUUGUCUCGCUCCUCUUCCUCAUCUCCUCGGCGCUCUUUGUGGCUCGCAAGGUGUGCAAGAGCAAGGAGCUGAAGGCUGCCCAUGUGCUUUCUGGUGCCCACGACUUCCAGAGCGGCCUGGCCGAUGCAGCCGCUGCAGGGACCCUGCCCCGCGCCUAUUGCUACGAGAUCAGCCUCACCACGGGCUCGGGCAACAGCGAGUUCCAAUUCCUCAAGCCCAUCCUGCCCAGCCUGCCAGCACAGCACUGCGCCACGGGCCAGGGCCCCCAGGAGCAGCAACAGGAUUUCCCCUGUGUCCCUGUCAGCACAGAGGACAUGGCACCAGACAAUGCUGGGACUCUCUCUACACGACAAUUCAACGCUCUUGCCUUGAACUAGCCCAGGGUCUGCACAGCCGGAGGCUUCAUGGCUAUGGGAGGAGGGGAUCCAAGCUGCCACACGUGGAAAUUGUUCCUUUAGAGAAAACCUCUGUAUCCACUUAGCAUGGCAAAUUUCCUGCCAUUUCCCUGUCAGAGUAUAAUUCGUCUUCUACACCAAAAGAAAAAAUAUGGAAAAAUACUUACUCAGAUUCUCUCCCUCAGGCAAUAGUCUAUUUUAUCUCGUUCAUAGCCAUUUAUAAGCUUUAGUCAUGCACUCCCAAUUUUCCUCUAGUGCCCCUUGCUGCCAGAAGACCUUUGGAUUCCUUUAUCUUUCUAAUGCUUAAUGGGGAAAUUGAGUAGGCAAAUCUCACACUUGCUAAAAUGGCUCAGAGUCCUUUUUCCCAGCUCAGAAAAGCAAGUUCGUUCUGAAUACUGUGUCGUGAUUCUCUGUUAGCAUGCAGCUUUUUCUUUCUGGGGUUCUGGAUGUCUCUGAGAUGGGUAGGCUCUCUGUGUUAUCCUUUUUCUCAGUAUACCUGCCUGUAUGGCCCUUGUGCAUCUGCAGAUUCUUCACUGCUUCUCUCCAGUGAAACAGUUAAUUUGUCCCAUCCAGCAAUUGCAAUGGUGGCAAUUACAGGUCUGCAAGGUUAAAGGCUAUUUUGACCCUAUAUGUCCAAGCUUUUCAUUGUCUUCAAGGCAGAGAGAAACAGGAAAUGCACAACAAAAUGUUCCUUUGGAUUACCUGUGUGUUCGGUGAUCUGUCCUGCACAGAAUGACUUGAAAAACAGCAGCAGCAGAAGUGUUAGAGUAGGCUAUAAUUUUAGAAAAGCAUGAAAACUUAUUGGUUGUCUGUGUUUGCAAGAAAAAACACCUGUAUAUAAAAGAUAAUUAUCUGGAGUAAGAAUCAGGAAGAACCUGAAAGCAUGUUUUGUUUCCUCAUUCUCCUUUCUGAAUUCGAUGGCUUCGUGUUGGCCGUAGAAAGCUGUACUCAUAUGACUUUCUACAUUUGUGUUGGGGCAUUGCCAUUCUCUGUUUUGCCCUUUCUCCUCCUCUCUCAGUUCGGUUGUAGCAUUACCUUGCCUGCUCCUCUAGAGAAGGAAUGGAGUCAAAGGCUAUUUUGACCCUAUGAGUCCCAAGGGCUCAUUUUUUUCAAGGCAGAGAGGAGCAGGAAAAUGCACAACAAAAUGUUAAUUUGGAAUUUCUGUGGGUUGAGUGUUCUGUACCCCUCAGAUUGUCUUGGAAAUAGAGCAGUAGCAGCUGUGUUAGGGUAGGCUAUAAUUGUAGAGAGUCACAUAAACUUAUUAAUUGUCUUGGUCUGCAUGAAAAGGCCACAUGGCCAUGAAAGAUAAUUUUCUAGAUGUGGAAUCAGGAAGAACUUGAAAACAGGACUUCGAGAUUUGUUUCCUCAUUCUUAUUUUAGAAUUCAGUGGCCUCUUGUUAGGACUAGAAAGCUCCCCUCCUAUGACUUCCUCCGUUUGUGAUUGAGCAAUUCCUUUCUCUGUUUUGCCCUUUCUUCUCCUCUCUCUACUGUGUGGGAGCAUUUCCUUGCCUGUUCCUCUUGAGAACGACUGACACUCCUACUAAAAUAACUGUUUUUUUGAAUGAUGUCCAUGAUGCAUGAAAUACUUGUAAAGCCUCCCUCACACUGUAUUGUGCAGAGGUUUUGCAUUUUAAUGCUGUAAACUGGAAUUCAUCUGGGUUUACAGAUUUAAAAACGCAUUAGAACUGAAAUAAAGAGAACAUGGUGACUCGUUGAGUGGACAUAGAAAUCUCGGUAGAGACGUUGUUUUUGGGAAAGCCCUCUCUAUUCUUUUCAACAUUCUGAGAGUCACCUUCUAACUGUGUCCCCUGACAGAAGCAAUUUGGUUGGGUACAGCUAUAGGGUUUGCAGAUGUAGCAGGAAGAGUGUUCACUGCAUGCCCGUGCUGCCACAAACGCCCUGUCCCUGUGCCGUUUGUCGUGCCGGGCAUGUCAUGAGGCUUGACUGUUGUGGGCUCAGCCUCGGCUUUAGGCUGGGCUGGGAAAGGCCGCGUUCGGUUCUUGCGGCCGGGUGUCUCGGGAGGUUCGGAAUCGCGGCCCGGGGCGAGCGGCAGCGCGGGCUGC